UACCUUGUUAGUGGUGGGAUAAUUUGUAUCAUAUCAUUUAUAUCAUUGAAAUGAUAAGAUAAGCCAUGAAGUAAAAUAAUCUUUGAUUUUAAAGACAUAAAUAGGAUGAUAACUGAAUAUUUCUAUUAAUUGUUGCGAAAGCAGAUAAUUUAGUAAAAUGGAACUUGAAUGUGCAAUUCAAACAUAUGAUUGGGGAAAACAUGGUAGUAACAGUAUUGUAGCAGAUUUGAUGAGGACAGCUAAUGCUGAUUUUGUGUUGGAUGAGCAUAAACCAUAUGCAGAAUUAUGGAUGGGUAUUCACAAGAACGGUCCAUCAUAUCUCAAAGAUAUGAAAAUACCUUUGCAGAAAUAUAUCCAAGAGAACAUAAAUGUGCUAGGUAGUAAUAUAGAGACACAAAAUUUUGGUGGUACUGACUUAUCUUUCCUUUUCAAAGUCUUGUCUAUAAAUAAAGCUUUGUCUAUUCAAGUACAUCCAGAUAAGGAGAAAGCAGAAGUUUUACACAACCUGUUUCCGAAUGUUUAUAAAGAUCCAAACCAUAAACCAGAACUUGCAAUAGCUUUGACUCCUUUCAAAGCACUCUGUGGAUUCCGUCCAAUCAAUGAUAUAAAAAAAUAUAUGGAAGAAUUACCAGAAUUAUCUGCUGCAGUAGGAGAAGACAAUGCUUGCUUGCUGUUAAAAGCAAGUGAUUCCUUGAUCACUGAUGCUUUGAAAAAGUGUUUUUUUACUCUUAUGAGUCGUGAUUCAGUGAUACUCCAUAUUACACAAUUGUUAGAAAGAUUGGAGAAAAGAGAUGAUGCUUACAAAAAACUAAUGAAUUUUGAUUUACUGCAACACUUACACACUGACUUUCCUGGUGAUGUGGGCUGUUUUGCAGUGUAUUUAUUAAAUUAUAUUACUUUGCAACCAGGUGAAGCCAUAUAUAUUCCACCAAAUGUAAUUCAUGCAUAUCUCUCUGGUGAUUGCAUAGAAUGCAUGGUAUGUUCAGAUAAUGUUAUAAGAGCUGGCUUGACACCGAAACAGAGAGAUCUGCCGAAUUUAAUGCAAAGCAUGACAUUUGACUGUGUGUUAUCUUCUAUUCAAAAGUUAUUACCAUCUCGGGAAGAUAUAUAUACUGAAAUCUUCCGUCCACCAGUGUCAGAAUUUGCGGUCGCCAAAAUCAUUAUACCACCUGAACAAUCGUUUUACAAAUUAAUACCAAGGACUUCAGCCAGCAUUUUGAUAAUAAUAGAUGGCAAAGCGAAUAUAUCUUCCAAAACCUACUGUCGCGGCUCCGUUUUAUUUAUUCCUGCCAAUGAAGAAAUAAAAAUUGAAGUCAUAUGCUCUCAUCAAAUGUUAAUGUUUCAAGCAUUUGCAAACAUUUGACUGCAAAAGUCAAUUAGCAGAUCUCCAUAAUAAUUGGCAAAAUACAAAAUAUGACUAAUAUUUUAACUACUUUUAUAUAUUUUGAGUAGUUUUUGGUCUGUAAAUAUUGGGGACUUGAAUAAGUUCUCGCUGUUUCCCGGCAGAUGGUGUUAUCUUAGCCUUUUUGCAUCAGGCAAUACUACAGCCAACUUCAUCG